AGAGAUCUACUGGUUACAGUUACUUUGUGUCCAGCAUGAAAAUCAACUUUUAGAGAUCCUGAGAAAUCUGUGAAACAGCAUGCAAGAGAACAACAUUGACCAGCCACCGUCAAUCUCUCAACUCUUAAGAGAGAGCUACCUGGCAGAGGCCAGAGCCCAGCAGCGCCAUAGCGAGAUGAGCCGCUCAGACGCUUCUUCCACACGCCUUCAGAUCUAUGGGUCACUCAAAGGAAAGGCUGAGGACUCUGUGGGCCACAAUGACCCACAGCUCCCAGACCUGUCAGCCUUCCUCAGCGAAGAGGAGCUGGAUAAGAGUGUCAACCUUGCCUGCCAGGCCAUCGGACAUGAGCCUCGAGAGGAGAAGGCAGAGGUCAAGGCCUCUGUUACACCAUCAGCCCCCUCUAACAUCUCCUCAGCUUCUUCCUCAACACCCUCUUCUGUUCCCUUCGUUAACCCCUCUCCUGCUCCCCCUGCUGCCCCCUCCGCUGUGCCCUUCACGGAGCCAGUCCCUGAAUUCAAAGAAUUGCCAGCAACACACACAACAUUCGCAGUAGAAAGAAAGAUGCACAAGGCCUCCACACAGAAGGAGAACACGGUAAAAAGCAGCAGGGACUCCAGUGAAGGAUUCAAUGACUUGAACAGAUCAGCAAGGAACACCCCAUAUGGUCCAGAGACCCAGUCCAAGAAGGAGUUCCUCAACAAGGCAGCAGACUUCAUUGAGGAGCUCUCCUCUCUCUUCAAGGCCAACAGCUCCAAACGGGUACGACCGAGAUCAUGCAAAGCCCACAGGAGCAGGGUCCAGAACAAGAGCCAAAACGAUGGGACAGUUUAUCCCCCCAGUGCGGACAACAGGGAGCGCGGUGUCAUGGACGUGGAGGCGGAGGAGGAGGGACCCAGCCCUGCUGUUAGCCACCACCCAGAGGUCCAGCUGGGCUCUGGGACUGAGCAUGUGGAGUUUCAGGACUGCAGGAUUACUGAGGAGGAGCAGUACGACUCGGUUUGCCAGGAGGCAGAGGAUGCUGAAAGCAGUGCCUUAACAGAAACUCCCUCCUACCCAGCAGAGCCUGUGUGUGAACCUCCUCACUUCAUCCAGAAACUAAAAAGCAGGGAGGUUCCUGAGGGCAGCAAGGUUCAGCUAGACUGCAUUGUAAGAGGACUCCCAGUGCCUGAAGUCCGGUGGUUUUGUGAGGGUAAGGAGUUGGAGGACAGCCCUGACAUUCAGAUCAUCACCAAUGGCGAGCUGCACUCUCUGAUUAUCGCAGAGGCAUUUGAGGAAGAUACUGGACGCUACUCCUGCUUUGCAUCCAAUUUCUAUGGCACAGACUCAACGUCAGCUGAGAUCUACGUCGAAGGUGCAUCCUCUUCGGAUUCUGAGGUAGAACAGCACUUUGAUCACGUAGCCCAGCUGCAGAGGCAACAACCAACGUCAGCUCCAUCUUUACCUCUGUCAAACCAAACUAUCUCUGAAGAAGCUGAAGACUCUUUGUCACCUCAACAUAUAGCAGCCACUGAGGAACCAGCAGAGGAGCUCUCCUCUCUGCCAACUAGCCAAAUAGUCCAAGAACCUCUUCUACCAGUCCAGACAACAACCACCGUACUUCCAGUCCCAGAGAUUUCUAAAGUAUCUGUAGCAUCCACAGCUCAGCCUGCACAGGAGGAGACAGUAGUGUUACCUGUGCAGGUGUUCACUACUUCACCGCCAAGUGAUACAGAAACCCAGGAGAUGUCAUCAUCUGUCCCAGUCAUAUCCACACAACAGCCAGUGCAGACAGCUACAUCAGUACCAGUGAACUCAGUGAUCUCAUCUGUGUUGCCUGUCCAGGCAGCUCCAACACAAACACCCCAACCUGAGAUUCAAACCUCUGACCACAACUUUCUGCAAGGACUGAACGGGCAACCAAUCAUGGCCGCUCCUGUGUUCACAAAGAGCCUGCAGGACCUCUUUGCAUCAGAAGGCCAGCUGGUGGUGCUAGAGAGCCGCGUGAAAGGAGUGCCAUCACCUCGAGUGGAUUGGUACCAGGAGGGAAAAUUAAUUGAAGACUCUCCUGAUUUCAGGAUCCUGCAGAAAAAGCCCAGGUCUCCAGCCGAAUCAGAGGAAAUAUGCACUUUGGUUAUUGCUGAGGUCUUUCCUGAAGAUUCAGGGAUGUUCACUGUUACAGCAAGCAACAAGUAUGGAACCGUGUCCAGCACUGCAGGACUAAGGGUCAAAGGUAACACUAUCUGAAAUGGCGUCAGCAACAACAACCACUUGAGGCCUUUCAGCAGUUCAAUGGAGGAGUCCAAUCAAAUCCAAGAAGCUUUCACAUCAGAUCUCACAGCACCAACUGUCAAUGUCAAAACAGAGAUUACUGUGACCAACAGCAUCAAGCCCCACUCCAGCACCAUUCGCCUAGAUCCUCUAGUGUCCAGCACCGUACGCCUGGACCCCUUAAACACUAGCACCUUUCGUUUGGACCCCAACAGCUCCAGCAUGUUGCGUUCAGACCCCCUCCGCACCAGCCUGCCCAAUCUGGAGCCCUCUAGUCUGACCAGCAGCUCCAACCUGAACUCUCGCAGCGUCAGCACCCCCAGCUUAGAUCCUCUCUACUUCCACCAGGACCUUCCUGGAUACAGUGCAGCACGUUCAGAACCACAGAGCAGUGGACAGGUGCCCUCAUACCCGAAGCCCUUCACUGCUCUGCAUGUGGUUGAGCAGGAAGUGUCCAGUCCUCCGCUGACAUCACUUGAUACAAGUUCCAAAGUUAAGGAGACCCCAAACCAUCAGAAUGGGACCCCGUUUGUGGUACCCCUCCCUGACCCACCUCCUAACUCCUGCCUAAAGACAGGCAACCAGACAAACCACAAAGACUCACGCUCCGGCUCCAGAGUCGGUCUGCGCGUGCACUUCAAACUACCUGAGGAUGAGGAGGAUGAACGAAGUGAUGUAUCCAGUCCAUUUGAAAAUGAUGCUCAGGCACUGCUCAGCAAAGAACCACCACCAGUGCUGGCUAAACCCAAACUGGACCCAGCCCAGCUCCAGCUCCUGCACAACCAGGUCCUCAUGGAGCAGCAGCAAGAAACUGAACCUCCAACCCAAACCCAAACCCACACCCAGACUCAGUCCCAGCCACCAUUUCAGAUCCAGAUCCAGCCCGAGGUGCAAAGCUCUCAUGAUGAUCCACUGUGGCCACCCAGAACCCACCGUGAACUUCAUCAACCGCCUUUCCAGCCCUACCUGAACACCACAACUCCCAACUCUGCGCCUCCACUGACCACUGCCCCCCCUGCUCCCUUACUGAGCUCGGCUCCAACGCUCAAUACAACCUUUUCACCUCUCAAAACGUCUCCUGCUCCUCCUUCAAGCUCCCUCCAAUCUUUUCCUCAACUGAAGACCUCCUCACUGGUGACAUGUCCUCCUCCUGUGCCACAGCUCAGCACAGCUUCUCUUUUCAGUUCAGCACCUGUAACCCAUAUGAACACCAUCCAUGCCUCCCACCUCAAUGUGUCCCCUGCAGCUCUCGCUAGAACCACAUCUACACCCCAGUUUUGCUCUCCCCCUGCACCUAACCUCAGCACGAUCUCCACAUUUUCAACCCCGGCUUCACAGCAGGUAAUAUCUCCCACUCCUCUACUGAGAAGCACCCACGCCUCCCUCAUGAACCUGACCCCCACCUCGCACAGCUUCAACUACGCCCGGCCCAAAGAGUUCCUAACCACCCAGACCUUCUCACCAGUCAGGAGUCCCUCUCCAACAGAAUCCCCGGUCCCCCGGCUCCACGAGCUGGCUGCUGAGUUCAACUCCUCUGUGGCCAGCUCCCCAACUCCCCCACCAUUCUCCCCGCCACCUAGAAUAUUACCCACAAGGGUCCUUACAUCUCCCACCAGUCCUCCAUCCCUGGUGUCCUCACCCACGCCGGGUUCAGCGCCAUUCCUGAACAGCAUGUUCGCCUUUCGAGCCCAAUCCCCUCCCCAGGCCUCCUCUCCCACCUCCAGCAGCUCCACACCCAGCCCCAUCCAGAACCCUGUGGCUUUCCUCAGCUCUGUCCUGCCCUUCUUAACCCAGAGUCAUCCCACCAACUCCAUGGGCCUGCCAAGGGGAGCUCCAUCAGGGGUACACAAGAAGAUGCCUAAGGGGCGCCCCCCGUCAAUUGAAGAUAUCCGUGAGAGCAAAGAAAUUAUCCUCCAAGACAUUGAGAAAAAGCUUCGAUUUAGAGACGAUGCUCCAACUUUUGCACAUCAACAGAAGCUGAGUAAUGAGGGGAAAACAGCGAGCAGACCCCUUGGACCAAACAUUCCUACUGCUACUGUCAUUAGCUAUGAUGAGGUACGAGGAUCUUCUCGUCCCAAUCACACAUUUAUUUAUACUUUUAGACAAGAAAAAAAUGUGUGUAGUUGCGAUUACUUUUAUGUAGUGGUUUUCCUUUCUCAGGAGUACAAAGUGUCCAGUUUUGAGCAGAGACUUAUGAGUGAGAUUGAGUUUCGUUUGGAACGUACGCCGGUGGAGGAGUCAGAUGACGAGGUGCAGCAUGACGACGUCCCCAAGGGAAAAUGCAUUGCACCCAUAUUUGAUAAGAAACUGAAGAACUUCAGAGCCGUGGAAGGCGUGUCAGUCACUUUCUCGUGUAAAGUAGUCGGAAUCCCUGUUCCAAAGGUUUACUGGUUCAAGGAUGGUAAGCAGAUCUUGAGGAAAAACGUCCAUUACAAGAAGAUAAGAGAGGGGGAUGGGACCUGUGCUUUACACAUAGAGUCCACGACCAAUGAUGACGAUGGCAACUACACCAUUAUGGCAGCUAAUCCACAGGGACGAAUCAGCUGCUCGGGUCAUUUGAUAGUCCAAACAGGACCUCUCCGAAAUCGACUGACACGCUCACCUCUGCAUGUUUUCAGGGUGCGAGCCCGCAUACAGGAAGUGGAGAGUGAGCAAACGGAGGAGCGCUUUUUUCGGCCUCACUUCCUCCAGGCUCCAGGGGACAUGCUAGCCCACGAGGGGAAGCUCUGCAGACUAGACUGUAAGGUGAGUGGCCUUCCCAACCCUGAGCUGAUGUGGUUGGUCAAUGGAAGGCCUAUCUAUCCAGACAUUUACCACAGGAUGCUGGUACGGGAGAAUGGCAUCCACUCCCUGGUCAUUGACCCUCUGACGCAAAAUGAUGCUGGUACAUACACCUGCAUUGCAAGCAACAAAGCGGGACAGAGCUCCUUCAGUCUAGAGCUUAAAGUUGUGGAAAAAGAGAUGAAGCACCCUCCCCAGUUUGUGGAGAAGCUGCAGAACAUGGGUAUUCCAGAGGGAGCCCCUGUCAGGCUGGAGUGUCGGGUGGUGGGUAUGCCCCCUCCACUCAUCUACUGGAAGAAAGACAAUGACUCCAUUCCUAGAACUAAGGGCAGAUUCAGCAUGCAACAGGAUGCCACAGGAUAUGUGUGUCUCCUUAUCCAGCCAACAACAAAAGAUGAUGCUGGCUGGUACACGGUGUCGGCCAAAAAUGAAGCUGGAAUUGUAUCCUGCACCUGCAGACUGGAUAUCUAUGCACAGUGGCACCAGAGCAUCCCUCCACCCAUGAAGAAGGCCCCGCGCACAGGCAGCCGCUACGCAGCUCUGACAGGCCAGGGUCUCGACAUCAAGUCCGCUUUCCCCACGUCGGAGAACAGCCCCAUCCUGUUCUCCAGCUCCCCUCCGGAGGUCACGCUAGAGAGUGAGGAGCUGUGAGCGGUGCACGUCGACCCUCAGGGGGAUACAAGAAGAAUGAUUAUCUGGGCAGAUGGUCAUGUGAUUUGUGUGAUGCAUUUGAAGUGAUAGUUUCAGAAAAGAACGGCAAGUAUUGUUGUGCCACCUGCUAGAUGUCAAAACUAGCAGCACUGAUAGUGGGUUUGUCACCAUUCCUAUUUACUCAAGUCCUAUGAGGAGUGUUUCACAAUUCACAAACAGAAAAAUUGACAGAUUUGCAAAGUCUUAGCUCAUGAGCCAUCAUUGGAGUUGAAUUUUGUUCUCUGACUGGUUUUAAUGAUUCACAUUUGUUUUUCUACAUCAUAUUUAGCUGUGAAGUUGAAGUUGUUGUUGCUCAAUGUUGAUGAAACAUUACAUUUCAAGAUACAUUUAGUUUAACAUCUGUUCUUAAUUGUUACAUUUUAUUUUCAAGGUGAUCCUUACACCGUUUAUUUUUAUUGAAAAGCAUAUAUACCUGUACUGGUAGUAGUAGUUUCUUAAACUUUAAUAUAAACUUUAUAUAAAAAUAGUUAUUGUUUGUUAAUAAUCAGAGCUAGUUUAUAGUAGAUUCAUAUACAUUAGAAUGAUCUUCAGUUUAUUUAAAUGGCUCCAUCAAGGCAAGAUAAUUUAACAUUUAACUAAAUUAUUUCUUGAAAUCCAUCACUGGCUCACUUACUUGCACCAUGUUUUUCAUGUGCAUGCAUGCCAAUGUCUGAUAGAGAUUCAGUACUAUAUAACUAAUCAAACACGUGUCACAGUCAUAGUAAUAGUCUGCUGUUAGGUGAGUCUCGUUCAUUGUUUGUAGCUGAUACACUGAAACACUUUCUUUAGCUUUUAUUGCUUUCAGGUGAUUUAAUUCAUCUUUGUUUUAUCUUUUCAGUUGCACCCACAGUUCAGGAUGCUUUAUAAGAGGAAAGAGUCAGAUUAGACUAAAAACUCACUUGUUUGUUUUGUGUUACGACAGACCCCUGAUACCAAAAGGUCUGCAUCCCACAGAGGUUAUUAUUAAACUUUGAUAGACACUGAUUAAAAUGAAUUCAAGUCAGUUUAAAAAGAUAUAUUGAAGAAAGGUUUGAAAGCACAUGAUGUAAAGUUGCACAUUGUAAAAUAGUUUUGUCCUCAGAAUAAAGUUAUAUUUAUUCAAAGGAGCGAUGUUUUCUUUGCUGGAACAAGUGGUUAUAAUUCUCCAUGCUGUAUGCAGAAUUAUUGUAUCCCAUCUUACAAAGUCUAUUGAAAGGUUGAGAAUACUAUUUUACAGAACAUUACUCCCAUUAAGAGAGGUAAUCAAGUGUUUUUUUAUCUAUGUGUAAAAUUAAAAU